AUGACACCCCCAGGUCCUCCAGGAUUUAGUGGAGAUCCAGGCAGAUGGGGUCCAGAGGGCCCCAGCAUUGACGGCCCCCCAGGCCAGCCUGGCAGCAUUGGCUCCCAAGGACUCAAAGGACCUAACGGGGCCUCCAUCCCUGGGCCCCCAGGGCAGAUGGGGCCUGAAGGAAAUCCAGGCUUUUCUGGAGCCACAGGCACACGUGGACUCCUGGGGCCUUCGGGCCCAACAGGCUUGCCUGGAAGGGAUGGAGUACCAGGAGAGAAAGGGGAAACUGGGGCCCAGGGCUGCUCUGGCAGAGUCGGGCCUAAAGGGGAGACUCCUCCAUGUGAUGACGGUCCACCUGGGCCACCGGGCUCGCCAGGGUGCAAGGGCUUCGAUGGGCCUCAAGGCUUGAAAGGGGAUAUAGGUUUGAAAGGGGAGCCAGGUCUCCCAGGCAGAGGACCUCCAGGGCCUCCAGGAAAGCCAGGAAACCCAGGAACACCAGGCUUCCCGGGCUCCCGGGGGGCACAAGGUUCAAAUGGAGAAGCGGGACUACCAGGACCUCUUGGCCCGAAAGGUCCACAAGGACAAACUGGCUGGCCAGGAUUGUCCGGGGACACUGGACCAAACGGCCCAAAUGGACUUCCGGGAAGAGGGGGAGAGAGGGGCUUUGAUGGACGGCCAGGGUUCCCAGGACCCGCUGGAUUGUCAGGAGAGAAAGGUGACAGAGGCUCAGACGGUCUUCCUGGAGACACCGCUUUCAUCCCAAUCAAAGGCCAGCCGGGGUUCCCUGGACUUCCUGGUGGUCCCGGAUUCACGGGACCCCGAGGUAAUAAAGGCUUACCCGGCCCACAGGGUCCCUUGGGCUAUCCCGGCCGAGAUGGACUUGUUGGCCCUGGUGGCCCCCAGGGACGUAGAGGAAAGGAUGGAGCACCAGGGGUACCAGGCUUACAAGGGCCACGUGGGUUGCCUGGCAACAGUGGAGAACGUGGCAGAGAUGGAGAUCCGGGAGAUCCAGGAGGUGAGGGCUGUGUAGGACAACCAGGCCGCAAAGGAGAAAGCGGACAAAAAGGUGAUGAGGGUGAUUCCAUCAGUUAUCCAGGACCCCCAGGGAACAAAGGUUCAGUAGGUGACAGGGCACCACCAGGACCCCAGGGUGACUCAGGGGAGGUGGGUGAUCCAGGUUGCCAUGGCAGAAAUGCAGACAAAGGGGACGCAGGACCCACUGGAUCCACAGGUGUACCAGGAUUUCCAGGUAUAUCAGGCCCCCCUGGCAUAACUGGUAGGCCUGGCAGAGAUGGCCCUAUGGGUGAAUCUGGCCUCCCUGGACCCAAUGGCAGACCUGGACUGAAAGGACUCCAAGGUCCCCCGGGGCCAUUGGGGCUGCAUGGCCUGGACGGUCUGAAAGGGGUUAAGGGUGAGGUGGGAGCACGAGGGCCUGGGCUCGAGGGCCCCCCGGGUCAUAAGGGGGACACAGGGGAUAAGGGCCAAAGAGGAAACCCAGGCCCCUCGGGGCCCCGGUUACCGGGUCCUAAAGGCCCCAAAGGACAGGCAGGAGUCACAGGACCCCCAGGGCCUUGUGGAAAGGCUGGUCCAAAAGGUGAAGAGUGUAAGGAUGUUAGAUAUGGACAGCUUGGAGAGCCUGGUGGCCCAGGAUCAGAUGGAUCAGAAGGGGCACAAGGGGACAUAGGGGAUCCAGGGCCAGUGAUGGCCAUGCCAGGGGAGGACGGGAUACCAGGAAACCAAGGCUACCCCGGGAUACCGGGACAGCGAGGAGAUGCUGGACCUCCAGGGGUACCGGGCAUAGCGGGCUAUCCAGCACGAAAAGGUGAACAAGGAGCAACAGGCUUCAUGGGUAUGCCCGGACCCAGUGGUGGUGGGGGGGACCCGGGCAUAGACGGAGCCAAAGGCCAGAAAGGGGCCAGCGGAGAGCCAGGUCAAAAGGGAGAGCAGGGGGUCAUUAGGAUUGGCCCCCCUUCACAACCUCCCCCCGGCCCACCAGGGCCUCCUGGUCUUCCCGGGCCCUCAGGGGACCGGGGGCCUGCCGGCCCGAAUGGCAGAGAGGGUGCCAGAGGCAUUAAGGGUUACACGGGAGAUCCAGGAUUUCCAGGAACCCCAGGAGCACCAGGGCUAAAUGGGCCUACAGGAAACCUGGGAGAUCCUGGAGACAACGGAAUGAGAGGACUACAGGGUCUCACAGGAGACACCGGUGAUCAAGGAGAUUGCGGACCCAGCACCCGCUACAACUCUGGCUUUCUAUUGGUCAAGCACAGCCAAUCAGAAUCCCUCCCUGUGUGCCCAGAUGGAAUGGCCCAGCUGUGGAGUGGAUACAGCCUCCUGUAUCUGGAGGGACAAGAGAAAGCCCACACACAGGACCUGGGCCAGGCUGGCUCCUGCAUGCGUAUCUUCAGCACCAUGCCCUUCUCCUACUGCAACAUGGCCUCCUGCAAUCACGCCAGCCGCAACGACAAGUCCUACUGGCUCUCCACCAACACGCCCGUGCCCCCGAUGCCCGUGGAGGGCGUGCAGAUCAGCUCGCUGAUCAGCCGCUGUGUGGUGUGCGAGGCCCACUCCCCGCCUGUCGCCAUCCACAGCCAGGACACCAACCCACCCGCGUGCCCCUACAACUGGAGGCCUCUGUGGGACGGCUACUCCUUCCUGAUGCACACGGGCGCAGGAGACGAGGGCGGUGGCCAGUCGCUGACAUCCUCGGGCAGCUGCCUGCAGGACUUCCGGGCGCAGCCAUUCGUGGAGUGCCAGGGCCCGCGCGGCUCCUGCCACUACUUCUCCAACAUCUACAGCUACUGGCUGACCCGCGUGAGCGGCGCCGACUUCGGCCAAGGCCCCGGCCAGGCCAUACUGAAGGACCCGAGAGAGCACCAGCAAGUGACCAGCCGCUGCCGGGUCUGCAUUAAGGAGUAAUCGCACUGAGCAGGCGACGCCGAUUGGUUGCCUUAAAAAGGGGGCAGUGGGCAGCGGUGGACUCCUAUUGGUUGAAAAUGAAAAAAGAAGCAGAGGCAGUGAGCAUUCUCAUUGGUUGUCACCUUCCUUCCUCCCCCCCCCAGUUUUCUGUGGCAAGAAAAGACUGUGAACUCAUGGAUGCUCUGGUUUCCUUUAAACACGUUUCUCCGCAAAGGGCAUCUAGCAAAAACAUACUUGAUUCAACUUACCUUUCGAUUUGUCUUUUUUUGUUUUAGACGAUAUAUUUUUUUUAAAGGUUACUCUUAGAUUCUAGCAGCCUUUUUUUCUCAGUGUGUAUCUUGUGAUGCCAUUGGCUGAUGGUGUGUCAGUCAGUCAAGUGCUGAGUUCUCCAAAGUUAGUCAUACACAUUUUUAUUGGAUGAUUUGUUGUUUCCACAGUGACACAUUCUCCCAUUGGUGGAGAUUGUCAUUCAGACACAGUCGUUCUGUUUCAUUGGCUCUGCUCCUGCAAAGCCAUGGAUAAUUUUUCUUAGUGUGUAAAUGUUCAAUGAGUAUCAUGAGUAGAGGAGAACAACUAUGGCUUAACAUAGCUACUGUUUGCUCUCUGCACUUACUUCAUGUCUGUUCCAUUCCCUGUAAUUUAUGAGCUGCCAACUGCUCUGUUUGUCCCUCUGUAAGGCAAGGUAUACACACGACAUGGUGUGCCUCAUAUACGAAAGAUACCAUUCCUCUCCCUCUCUUUAUUUCUCUCCUUUCUGUCUUUCAGCCUCUCUUCCUCUCUCUCUCUCUCUCCCUACUCUGUCCAACACAUGGAACAUGGGGAUAGUGAUUGAAGCACCACUUAUUGGGAGACUGCGCAGCGACAUUAAUCUCUGCCUAUAUCCCUAUGUGAGUGACUACCGUUCGUGGUAAUAGAAACCAUGACAGACACUCACUCACACACACAAACACUGGCACCUCUCAGAAGCACAUGUGUGCACACACAUACACACACUCGUAUAUGCAGAAAGCUCCUUUUUCGUAAUCAGUCUCUCCAGUUUACGUUUCCUCUUUCAGUUCACAUGUUUGGAAGCAUUUUAGGACGCAAAUGUAGUUAAUUGGCCUCCUCUCAUCCUCCUGCUAGCCAUGCUAUCCAGUUGGGACAUGUCUGCUUUUCUGUUAGUCUACUCUUCAACCCCUCUGCUUGUCUAUCUGUUUAAGAGAGAUGGUGUGUUAUUUUCUCUUUAAGGACUAACAAAAGCCAUUAAAUCAUACUAACACACACACACACAUACAAACACACACACACACACACACAGACAUACACAACAGGGUGUAUUCAGUACUCGGCAUAUCCACUUUUUGUAUUAACAGGAUUAGUCAUGUUAAUCCGCUUCUUACUGUUUUAGCCCUAAUUAUAUAUUCUAAUGUAUGUAAAUAUGUUUGCACUGUCAUAAGAACAGGAAUGCUUUAUAUUUUUACUGUAAAUGUCAAAAGUAUUUAUUUAGCUAGUGAUUAUUUUGGUGCUAUUUUGAAAAAAGAAAGGAUUGAUGCACAUAUUUACUUCCCCUAUCCACUGUUCUUUUUCUGCAAAGAGAGAGGUGCUGUCCACUCUUAUGGUUUGGAUCUACUUCCUGUUUUGUUGGUGCUGUAACUUUGAGAGGAGACGCACAGUGGCAAUGGAAGGGAAGAAGUGGGUCAUGGCUGGGUUUAUAGGAAUACACACACACACACACACACACAGUCUCUCUCGCUCUGUCUCUCACACACACCUCUCACACACACAUACACACACACACACACACACACACACACACACACACACACACAGGGCCACAGACAGGUAUGGCACAGUGUUGCAGGCAUACUUUCAUUUAGCAAUAAAUCGAGUUCUGAGUUGUAUGCCCCAUAUUUUCAAAAAUGCUAUGCAUUUAUUAAAAAACAGUCUGAAAACAAAUAUUUGACAUCCCCAGAAGACCCAUGUUAUUAUUUUCAUGAAGCAUAUGAAUGGGAUCCUCAUUUGUCUUUCUGUAUACCUUAUAUCUUUGCCAAUGCACUGUGCACUGGUAGAAUAUCUUCAGUAUUUCCACUGGAUGACAAGGGCCUUUAUUCUUGUAAAGGGGCAUAUUAUCUCCCUCUAGCCUAGUGCUUUGUCUUUGCAGGACAUAAAAUAUAGCACUGUACUCUUUCUUUUAGCGAGCAUGUCCCCUAUGUUGAUGUGUUGUUGUUUAUUUUCAGGAAAGUCCAUCGAUCAAUCCAGAUGUUUUGUCAUCUAAAUCUCUGCCUGGGUUUUGUGCAAUUUUUUCCCAGAAGAAUCACAGUGUUGUGCUUGCCGUCAUAUUCACUGUAGUUCACAUACACAUUCUGUAGUGUGAAUGUCCCUCGGAGUUACACAAGGCUGAAAUCCCUCAUUAGGUUUGAGGUCCCCACAAGGCCAACUGCUAAGUGUGUCUCUCUGACAUACUUUUAGUUGUGUGCAACACAGAAAAUAUGGUCACUUAGUUAAUUUGUAACGUUGAAGGCCACUGAGUGGGCAACAGAGCUAUGUAAAAGGUGGAAGAUGUUUUAGACUUGAUUUUCCUCUUUAUUUUCUCCUAAACUGCAAAUCUGUCUUCUGAUUACUGCCAUUCAUUCCUGUGUCCAGUGGCCACACAUUUCGACACAUUGACAAGCACACACAACAGACUUUAACAUCUUCACCAGUCGGAACUCAACCUUCCUACAGCCUUCUCCUUCCUCAUAGGAUGACACUUUGACUAACACACACAAACAUACAGGCCUAAAUAAAUAAUUUUAUGUGGACUGUUUAAAGGCUACAAUAAAUGCAUUUCAUUUCAA